AUAUGUAAAUUAAUUCCGGCAAUGACGGAAAAAUAUGUUUUCGUCUUAAUUUUGUAAGAGUUUUUAUUAAUAAUUAACUAUGAUUAUGAUAAUAUGAUAAGUGAUAAGAAGCAUAUUUGCACAAGUGCUCUACAGACUUUGUUGAAUAGUUUUUUAGUGUCACUUAUAGUAGAAAUCAGUAUAUAUAUACGGUAACUCCAUAAAGAUCACCACAGCAAAUGAACUAUUCAUAAAAUCAAUCUCGUUGAUAUUUAUCGAAUUUUCAAAAGAAGAAAUGUUCUUACGGGCUUUUUGUAUCGUCGCUUUCUUCGGACUUCUGAAUGUGGUUCAUUCAGCGGCUGAGAAUUCAGAAGAACAGAGGGAAGAAAUCCUCAACGCACAAGAAGAAGCGACAAUAAAAGUCUUGACCGCUAGUUUAAAAGCCGAAGAAGCAGCCAAACUUAAUUUCGUUCUAGAAACUAAAGUCAACGAUUACUACACCGCUGGAGUUAAUAGCAAUGACUAUAAAUUGAAAGUUGAGCUGGUGAGAAGAAUAACUGACGGCAAAAAGAAGAGACUAGAAAACAGUAUCAGCGAACUGGCUGGUAAAACUGAUGAAGAGGCUCUAGAAAAUCUGGCUUUAACGAAAAAUUUGAUUGAGCAAAUUGAAGAAAUGGAGAAACUUUCAGAUCAACAGAUUAAAAAUUUGACUGAUGUUGAAUUGGCUGCUAAACUCGAAUGGGAAACUUUUUACAAUGAAACUCAAAACGCGGUGAAAAAUGCUGAAGAGAUGAAGAAAGAUGCCGUAAAAGCUGUCAUAGCAGCUCUUGAACUUACGGCAAACUGUUCUGAAUUAGGUAAGAUCUAUCCAAAAUUGACGACUCGUGAUGCUGCUCAGAAAGCUUGUGUUGAUUACUUCAAGAAUAGACUUCUAGAAUUGGUGCCUGGUCUUUCUGAUUCUUCAGAAUUGUACGAAAGGAUGAAGAAAAUUUGGAUUAAAGGACAAAAAGAAUUUGUUAAAGCGGCCGCUUAGAAUUAUUCUAUGCCAGCUGAAGUGAAACUGAAGAAGCUUUUUUAAUAAAU